AUGCCUGAAGGCGCAGCGGACUCCAAGUCGCCCAAGGCUCCCCGACGGCUGCGCCCUGCAGGCGAGCCCCUUCGCCAGGUGCACUUCCAGACGCCCGCCAGCGCCGCCGCAGGCAUCAAGGCCGCAGCUUCUGCAUUUCCUCCUGCAUCUUCGUCUGCUACUCCUUUCACCUCCUCCUCCUCGUCCACCACCAAUUCAACCACCAAUCCUCCCACCACCGCUGCCGCAGAUCCAGCAUCAGCCUCGACUGGCGACUCGUUCGGCAACCAGCCCGACAGCUUCCCGCAGCUCGGCGCACCGCCUCACAGCUCUCUGGGUGCUGGCCAGUGGCACACAGCUGCUGAUCCCACGCAGAGCGUCAAGUUGCCUGGCCAGCCGUUUGCCGGCUUCGCAGCACCUGGCGCUGGCCCUGGCGCGUCGCCCUUCCAGCUGCAUCCUCAGCUGUUUGCCGGCCCGUUCUCUUCCCCCCUGCAACAACAACAACUUCAUCAUCACCACCACGUCCCUGUGCAGCUCCAGCCUCACGCCGCCGUCCCUACCGCCACGCCCGUCACCUACAUCGGCAGCCCCAUCGCCAUGGCAGACUACCAGAACGCAGCGCCGAUGCCUACGGGCGUCAACUUCCAGCCGCCGGUGCCCGACACCACCUUUGGCCCGAUCCCGCACGUCUACGUGCCUCGCUUUGACGGGGGUCUCAUGCCUGCUGCUGUCCAAGUCGGUCUCCCCUCGGUACAGUUUGUUUCCCGCCCUGCCACUGCCGCGCCCGUUUCCACUGCCACGUACACCGUCGUGAUGCCAAAGACGUAUUACUACAACGGCUACACCUACUAUGCAAGUUCCGUCUCGGUCGCCCAACCAAGCUACGUUGUUGCUCAGCAGCCUGCCGUCGUCCCACAGCCCUUCGUCGGUCAACAGCCUGUCAUGAUUGGAGGACAACCAGCUUCCGCUGCGAUGCCCUUCCAGCAGAUGCACACUGUUCCCGCGAUGGGCGUGCCCGGCGCCGGCGGCAUGCCCGUCUUUGCAGGUAAUGGUGGCCAAAUCCCCGAUGUGUCUGGUCUUGGGAAAACUCCUGCCGAGGAGACUAUACGGCAGCUGCAGUUUGCGCACGCAAACAAGCUGUUCGAGCCUCAGGAGUUCAAGCCGUCGGACGAUGACCCCUCUCGUUUCUACUAUGUUCGCGAAGUUGACGGAAAUUGGACCCAGCGCAACCGGUUUACUAUUGACCACCUCGGUGACUGCCGGUGGUACGUCACGGACGAGGGCUGGUUUUACGCCGUCAGGAUGCCCAACUAG